AUGCAAGACGAGGGAAUUUCCGAAGAAGACCUAUAUCGAUACACUAGGUAUCGAUGGAUAUUCAACGAGCAAAAUGAGCUUUCCAAGCGGUACUUAAAAUUCAAUCUGCGUCGGCUUAUUGAUAUCGCCGUUAGUGUCAGCGAUGGGGCUCGGUCUUGCACCAAAGUCUUAAAGUGUUCAGAAGGGCUACACAACAAGGCGUUUAUUUUAACAAUGGACAAUGGAACUGAAGUGUUUGCCAAACUUCCAAAUCCAAAUGCCGGGCCUGCUCAGUACACGACUGCCUCUGAGGUCGCUACAUACGAUUUGCUACGCGAUGUGUUUAGGAUACCCGUGCCUCGGAUUCUUGCAUGGUCUUCGGACGCAGCGAGCAAUCCUGUAGAGGCCGAGUAUAUCAUUGCAGAAAAAUCACCUGGUGUUAGGCUUGGCUCUAUUUGGAACAAAUGGCCGCGAGAAACAAAACUCAAGUUGAUCAGGCAAGUGGCUGAUAUAGAGAACACCUUGACCAAUAUAAAGUUUCCCAAGCACGGUUCUGUUUAUUUCAAAGAGGAUCUGCGCUCGUUAACUGGGGAUGCGGAAGACCUCAACAUCGACUCUACCAAUCUCAGACGUUUCUCCAUUGGGCCACUUACCACGGCUGAGCUGUGGACUAAUACUCGGAAAGAUAUGGACUUAGAUCGUGGCCCCUGGCGAGAUCCAAGCGAGUACACGCAGGCAUUGGGACGCAAUGAAAUGGCAUGGAUCAAAUCGCGUGCAAGUUCCCGAAUGAACUAUCAUCGGUCAAUGCAAGAACAUGAGAGUACAGAAGACGGCCUUGCACUUCUUUCCCAAUACAUGGAUGUGGCAUCUGAUCUUGUCCCUCCCUCGGACGACGAAUCAGCGGCAUCUAAUGUCCUCUGGCACCCUGACCUUCAUCUGGACAACGUCUUUGUGGACCCGGACACCCACGAAAUCACCUGUAUUGUAGACUGGCAAUCAGCAUGUGUGGCUCCUCUGUUUUACCAGUCUGGAGUUCCAAGAAUGUUUCGACAUCCUGGGCCCGUUCAAGAAGGUUGGGUUGUCCCGGUUCGGCCUGAAAACUAUGAUAGUCUUAGCGAAGACGAGCAAAAGAAGGUCGAUAAUGAUUUGGAGAGCGAGAUCAUGCACAAAUACUAUGAAUCUCAAGUGUACAAACGAGCUCCUCGCCAUUGGGCCGUCCUUGAACAAAAGAUCAUUCCCAUCAUCCGGAAACCUGUCUGGUUGGUAAGUGGUGUGUGGGAAAAUCGGAAUCUCUUCUUCCUCCGCCAGUCACUCAUGUCGCUCGCCACGCACUGGGAAGAUAUAUUUCCGAACAGUAAGAUACCUUGUCCGAUCAAUUUCACGGAUAAAGAGGUUGAGAUUCAUGCCAAUGAGGAAGAAAACAUGGACAGCGUCGGAAAAAUACUUACCAUGUUUCGGGACGGAGGUGUGCUCCCCGUUGACGGGAUGGUCGAACGCAAAGACUACGAGAUUGCCCGCGAAAACAGCAGCAAGUUCAAGGAGAUCUUCAUCGGAUUAGCUAAAGAUCAAGCCGAGAGAGAGUUUUUCACAAAACUCUGGCCGUACCAAGAGCCUGAGAAAUAA